GUGUGGCAAUGCCAAGGCGAGGCACAAAUUCCGCGCUGGGGCGGCCAGGAGUAAAAAAGGGAGAAUUGAUUAUGCUGAGCAAAUAGGGGAAUGGCAAGAAAAGGCAAAUAGAGAAGCGAAACUUCAGACCGCGCGCUUUCGGGGCUUGGCUCGGCACCGAAACGGCUCAUCCCCCGCACCGCCGUUUUUUUCCCUUCUGACACCACCGAUAUGCGCACAUGGCUGUAGGGCAAUUGCCCACUUCGUUUACACGUGCUUAGCCGGACGAUUCCAACCCAAUUCUAUGGGGAGUGAGCGUGGCCUCUUUGGUUCGCCUUGGGGGCCAAUACGAUGGACCAUCAAGCACAUUAAAAGGAAUACGGGAGGAGUGUACAAUAAUAAGGGGGCCUUCUUUUUCUCCCAUGGUAUGGUUCAGCUCCUGGGCAAGACCAAGCUUAAGCUGAAGGAAAAGGAACCAUGAAAAGGCAAAAACGGAAAAAGUGGAUGCGUGCUUCCUGAGCCUUCUGCUAUUUUUAAUUGAUCUUGCUCGGCCCAGGGGGGGUUGGGGGUUGUUUUGCUUCUCUUGGCUCAUAUAGCAGCUGGCUGACUAGUAUGCGGAGUUGCUUUUCUGCCCUUGGGCCCUGCAUGUCUGGUGUGGGAUAGUUGAUGAACUUACACGAGAUCGUCCAACCGGCGAGGCGAAGUGACGUUGGUAGGGUAGCAUUCAUCACAGGGCUUUUCUGUCGCUCCUUGUUAUCAUCACUAGAUCUGCCCUUUUGCCAUUUGUCUGCCACUCUCUCCUAAAUCUUUUUCCCGCCUUACCCCGGCAGGAUUCGGAUAUUAAGCCCUAAAUUGAUGAAAAAGGGUACCAAACAAAGGACACCCCGGAUAG